GGGUUCUAGAUUAAGAAGAAACAGCAGGAUGUGCUUGGUUUUCUAGAAGCUAACAACAUAGGAUUUGAAGAAAAAGACAUUGCAGCCAGUGAAGAGAAUCGGAAGUGGAUGAGAGAAAAUGUACCUGAAAACAAUCGACCAGCCACAGGGUACCCCCUGCCACCUCAGAUUUUCAAUGAAAGCCAGUACCGUGGGGACUAUGAUGCCUUCUUUGAAGCCAGAGAAAAUAAUGCUGUGUAUGCCUUUUUAGGCUUGACAGCCCCACCUGGUUCAAAGGAAGCAGAAGCUCAGGCAAAGCAGCAAGCAUGAACCUUAAGAAUUCUGCCUUAAGCAUCCUGAAAAAGGAAUCUCUAUUCCUCUCAAAAUUAUCUUCAAAAGAAAUCAGCUUAAUGUUGAGAUAAUAGAUUAUUUGGUGUUUUCACAUGCAAACAAACAAAAUAAAUAUAUAAUUAAAAUGUGAAUAUUAUGAUGAGGAGAAUGAGAAGUGAACAUAAAAAUUUUAGAUGUCAUGGAAUAGUAUUGUUAUCUGCUAAGGCAUUUUAUGUACUUCAGUGAUUUUAAAAAAGAAAGACCUGUCCCUUUUCUGGUAUUUUUAUUGCAGCUUUUAAAAC